AUGUCGUGCCGCAGACACGACGUUUAGUAGAGUAGCGGGCUCUCUUCUCUUUCCUUUUCUUCCGACCAGUGUGCCAAAGUGUAACAAGUGAGGGUGGGGUGUGAUGCAAGAAUGAACGGUCAGGACUAUGACUACGUCCGGAAUACUACUCUUCUCUUCUUCCUGGAUCGUCUCAUCGAGAAGGGUCAGCCCAGGACUCUCCAUGACCUCAGCUGCCAGUUCGGAACCAAGGGAUUCACUAAGGAGAUGAGACAGAUUGCUGGGGGAUCUCAAUCUGGACUCCACAAGUUCCUCAGCCAGUACCCAUCUAUCUUCACCAUCGAAGGUGAUAGUGUCAAUGUGACGGACUUCUCUGCUGGGCCAUCAGCAAGCGACAACAGUGGGCGUGGAACUCGGGAUUAUGCACAAGAGGCAUCAGACUACUUUAGCAACAAGCUGAGGCAGUAUGGACCAGGCACAGAAGUUCCAAUCAAGUCUUUGCUUGGUCACCGAUCUCAGGCUCCCCCUGAAGUUCGCCACAUAUCAGGACAACAUGUGAAGGAAUUCCAUGACUUUCUAGAGAGGUUUCCUGAUGUCUUCAUUGUUAAAGAUGAAGUAGUGAUGCUGACAGAAGAUGAGGACAAGGAGAGGCACCCAUACAUUGAAGUGGAGCAGCCCAAGGUAGAUGAAGAACUCACCAGGGACCUUCUCGAGUUUCUUCAGACAUGCUUGUCUGUGAAUGGCCCCACCAUCAUUGAUCAGCUGUUCAGCAAUGUGUCAUCAUACUUUGGAUAUGAGAAGUGGUCAAAGCUUUUCAAGACACCCCAAGACCUCUCCACCUUCAUCAAGAUGUACUCAAACAAGUUUUCAGUUCACUCAAAUCUUGUCACCCUAGUGCCUCUCAAGGAAAAGCAGAUAUCAAAGUCCUGUCAAAGUCAAGAACCAGCCCAGAGUCCCCAAAGUCCACCUGCAUCUCUGCAAACCUGCCCACCAACCAACUUUCAGCAGCAGACACUGAAGCAGAGAGUGGGAAACAUCCUCAUGAAGACAAUAGCACAGAACACUGAGCAGACAAGAAAUGCAUACAACUCUCAGACGUCAGGGUCUCUGUCCGAGCAAAGCAUAGCCCAACGGAACUUGAAAAAUGUGAGGAUUGUAGUGAACACCAAGGAGUGUAGGAGCAUUGUGGCAAGUGUGAUAGAGGCAGGCUCCCCAAUUGGUGUGGAUGCAGAAGGUGUGAAUCUGGGGCCUAGUGGUCCUAUGACCAUGCUCCAAGUGUGCUUGUGUUCAGGUCAAGUGUACAUCUUUGAUCUUCUGGCCAACCAGGAACUGAUGGGGGAAGGAGAACUGGGGAAACUUCUGCAGUCGGAGAGCAUCAUUAAGGUGGUGCAUGAUUGUCGCAACGACAGCGCCGCACUCUUUCACCAGUUCGGGGUCACUCUCUGCAACGUGUUCGACACGCAGGCGGCGCACGCCAUCCUGCAGCAGCAAGAGACGGGCAAGCCGGUGUACAAGGUGAAGUCCGUGUCACUGGUGACGCUGUGUCGCACGUACGAGGCGCCGGUCAACCCGCAAAAGGAGCACAUCAAGAAGGUGUACCGGCGGGACCAGAAGUUCUGGGCGCGCCGGCCGCUCACAGACGACAUGAUCGUGUACGCCGCCUUCGACGUCAUGGCGCUGGUGCCGAAAAUCUACGACGUCAUGAGCCGGGCCAUCGACCCCAGCCUGCGCGAGCUGUUCGCCGACCUGUGCGAGGAGCAGGUCACCAUGUACAUCCGGCAGGACGACGUCAAGCAGAAGAAGAAGCAGCGCAAGGUGGAGACGGAGGUGACCGACCUCAAGGAGAAGCUGGACAAGACGGCCGUCGGCAAGAACCUUGUGUUGAGCAACCGCGAGAUCCGUCUGCUGAGAUACGUGGAGCUGACUGAUGAGCAGCGGGAGAAGCUGGAGAAGUCGUACAAGGUGGCCAAGAAGCUGGAGAGGCUGCAGCAGAAGCGCGAGGAUGGAGAGGCUCAGGCCGAGGAGUCGGAGACGUCGCUGCCCUGGAUGAACGGCGACUCCGAGUACCCGAGCCUGAGCAGCAUGGCCAGCAAUAAUAGCGUGGAGAGCGGUGGCCGCACCUCUGGCGACUCAUCCACCGCCGAGAGCACCGGCGGCGUGCUGUCCCCGCGCUGCGUCACCUCGCCCAGCAUCUCGCAGUCGAUGGCCAUGGUGGACGAGGUGCUGUCCAACGGUAAGCUGGGCCGCCUGGAGCGCAUCCACCGGCUGGAGGAGGUGCUGUCGGCGGCCACGCAGGGCGCCGAGACGGCGGCCGCGUUGCCGGCCGAGACGCGCGACGCCGCCGUUCAGACGCUCUCCACCGGCGAGGUGGUCAUCACCAAACUGUACGACGGCUUCUCGGAGGCCAACUGAGCGGUCGGCUGAUGGCCGACCGGCGGUGCGGCGGUUUCUCGGCGCCGGUGGCGGGUGCAGCGGCCGGCUGCACGCGGGCCU